GCAACACUGAUUUAAUUAACAAAGAAAAAUUGCAAUUUUUUUUUAAAUUACAGCGAGCGAGAUUCGAUUUUUCGUUCGCAACAGCCUCAAAACGCGACAUCCGCCAUUCCGCUAUCCUACAACGGCGGAGCGCCAGUCCCAGAGUCAGCGCUGCACAGCGACCCGAGCCGCAGCAUUGCCUUGCCCCACACACACACAGCUUUCCCCCCGAAAAAGCAGAGCGCCCCCGUUCACGGCCCCUGGCCCCGCCCCCGCCCGCUUGCCUAGCCGCUCCUGCCCUGCAGUCAUCCAGUCAUCCAGCUCUGAGAAUCCACUGUUCGGGGCCUUAAUCAGCAAAGAAAACAAUCGAAACACAACGCCUUGCGGGAAGAGAGAGCUGAACCGAGCCGCGCUGAGUUGUGGAGGCGCAGCGGAGUGAAGGGCAGGCAGCCUCCUGUGAGUAAGCGAAAGCAGCCAGCACAGGCACUGGCCGAGGCAGAGACAUAGACAGAAGUACAAGCAGCAAGAGGUGUCUAGCAACGUGGAUUCAUAUCCAUCCGGCAGCUGAGAGAUGCAGCAUAGGCCACCAUGGGUUCGCAGACCUUGGAGAUACUGCGCCAGGGCGUGUGGGCCUCGCUGACCGGCGGCUACUUCUACGAUCCGCACCAGGGCGUCUUUUGCAACGUGGUGCACCUGUACCUAUGGCUCUACUUGCUCUGUUCCCCCUUCGUGGCCUACCUGUAUUUCCCGAGCACUUGGUUGACAUGGUGCCUGUACUGCGUGCUCACCAGCCUCACCAUCCUGAUGGUGAAACUGGCCAACCUGGCACUGCAUCGGCUGUACGAUCGCGCCCAGACCAUGUCCGACGUGAACCUCAAGGGGCAGUUCUUCAAGGUCACCAAAGAGACGGAGCCCAGGCACGACGACGAGGGCGGCAUCGAGAUGAAGGUCAUCCGGCCGGGCGGCUCACGAAUUUCCGUCGAGCAGGCAAUCAACGAGGCCAGCGAGGAGAACAGCAUGAUGUCCAUCGAUAAUGUGAACAGUAUCAUUGAUCUCAAGGUCGAUGUGCAUCGUAAAAACAGCUCGGAGUCCAUCGAGCUUAUGUUCUACGCCCCCUCCAUGCUGUCCGGCGGCAGCCAACAGGAUCAGCAAUCCCUCGCAGGCUCCGCCAGCGUGAGCAAGUCCAUACGAAGCACGGGAGCCGUGGGCGGAGGUGGUGCCAACGCAUCCAACAGUGCUGCCGCGCAGGCGGAUCUCUUCAACAAGUACCUCACCGUCUAUCCGGAGCUGGUGGAGGCGCCCGGCAGCAGUGCGGGCAGCGCCGAUGGUGGCAGUAGUGGCGGCGACAGCAGAUCCGGCCCAGCAGCCGCCAAUGCCAUGGCUGGGAUGGGACCUGUACAGCACGUAAGAACUGGCCAUCUGUCACGGAAGUGCUCCGAGGUAUUUAGCCGCCGGCACCGGCGACGACUGGAGCGACAGAGCAGCUUGGACGCUGCGGCGGCGGCUGGCGGUUCCGGUGCCGGUGGUGAGCAUAAGCUAAUGCGUAACCAGUCGGACACAAUUGCCACGGCGGCGCCAUCUUUCCUGCACUCCCAGCCGACGAAUAAGGCUCGUGGCCAGGCCAAUCCGCGCCAGCACUUCAUAGCCAGCACACCAGCCACGACAGGAGUGGGAGAUUCGUCCUCCACCGCCGUGGUGGUAAUUGCACCAGCCUCGAGUUCCUCAGCGAAUCCCGGUCGCUCGUCGCGCCUACAGCGGCACCGCAGCUCCGAGACGCACGACGAACGGCUGAAGCACCAGAACCGCGGCGGCCUCUUCCUACCGAUCCUUCACCAUCCGCACCAGAGUGCGGCCAGUAGCUUUGGAGCGCUGGCAGUGAUCGGAGGCGGCAGCGGUGGCUGUGGCAGUGGCGGUGCCAACGAUGUGGAGGACAUGGAGUUGGGACUGGCCAGGAAUGCAGGAAGCGGCGGCGUGGCUGACGCCUGCACCCGAGCCCUGCAAUCCUGGAUACUAGAUUCCUCGUCGGAUGUGUACCUGGAGGACGAUAGCUACACCAAAUCGGAUCUGGGCAUCGAGCAGCCGCACCAGCCGGCUUUUCGGGCCCAGCAUCAUCACCAUCACCACCACCACCACCACCUGCAUCAUCACCUGGGCGGUGCGAUUAUCCGCAAGGAUCCAACCAGCACAAUGUCUGCGCUCCAGCUGGCCGGCGGUGCGCUUCAAGGCGCUGGAGGAUUGGGGGCCGGUGGCAGUGGCGCUGGCGGAAGUGGAACCGGAGCAGGAGCAGGAAGCUCUGCUGCGGGAAUGAAGCGACGUAGACAUUCCAACGCCACCAGCUACCAUAAGCAGGGCAGCUCGGCGGGUCAGGGAAUCAAAUCGGCCCUGAUUGGCGGCGGAGCAGGCGGCACUGCCGGGGGAGCAGUGGGCAUAGCGGCCGGCAGCGGAGGAACUGGCGGAGUGAGGCGCAUUAAGAGCGCCGCCUUGGAAGUGCUCUGCCCGCAGCCAUCGGUCUCCAAUCUCAGUCCACAUCCGAACAGCGUAGAGGCCAUAUCGGGGCAGCAGCAGAUGCGGAAUCCCCUUCCGCCACCCAGCAAGAGUCUGGUGCGAAACCAACACCUGAACCUUUAUUCGACGCAGGGUUACGGAGACGCUAACAGCUCUGGAUCUGUGGGAGCCGGCGGCGGCGGAGCGCCUGGUGCUGGCAGCACCUGCAGCAGCCUGUUCUUCGGCAGCUCCAGCGCCUGUGGCUCCACUACAGCCCUAAUAGAGCCUCCGGUGUACCCCAUUGUGGAGCACUCGGACGAGAAGACUUCGCACGAGGCCUCAGAGCAUGACGACAUCUGCCUAGGGAUCGGCCAGGGCAAUCCCGAUGAUGACGACGAGGUGGACGAUGUACCCAUUCGCAGAAGAACACGGGCGCUGGGCUGCAGUCAAACGCACCACAGCGCGGAAUCCGAUGUUGGCGGCAUCCUGGCAGACGACGACGACGAUGUGUUCAAGGACUUCGAUGACAACCUGGAGCACAUCCUUAACGAGCUGCAACAGACGCACAGCCAGCUGGACGACGUCCUCAAGACCCGCGACCUGCUGCGCCAUCCGCAUCUUCAACACCAAAACAAGGCGGCGACUAGAUCGGGAUCGGGUAGAGCGGCAGGAGCAGCAGCAGGUGGAGCCGCAAGUGCCGGAAACGACGACGACGACGAGGAGACGGAGGAUAAUAACACCGGCUCCAGGUCACCGCUGCUCAGCGAGCGCAAUCGUCAGCAGGCGACGUUACGGGAAAUCCAGGCAGACAAGCAGCUACGCCAGGAGCUGGCCCACCAAUCUGUGGCAGCAGUGCCGGCUCCUCCUCCUCCCGCACCCAUUCGCAGCGAAGCGGACUCGGGUUGCCCAUCGAGCGACUGCGAACAAGUGAGCGCCAGCUCGAAGGACCAGCUGCUGGCGGGCAUGGAGCCGGAGCACCAGCAGCCACCAGCGAGAUCCCUGCUGGAUGAGGAGCAACCCUGCACGUCCAAGAUGGCAGCCAAGAGCCUGGGGGCCAUUCCCAAGGUGGUGAAGUACCGCGAAGUGGACGAGCUACGGCGGAGAAGGCGGGGCGCAUCCCCGGCGGACACCAACGAUGUUGGCAACGAGUUCGCCCUGGUAAAGCAGUCGAAACUGGCCUCGCGCAACUCUUCCUCUUCGAACUCGACGCACAGCAUCAGCCUGACGGACAGUCUGACCGCGGACAUUCACAAGAUGCUCUGGCUGAUGCACGGCGGCGCCGUGGACGAGCGUGGUCGUCCCAUUGCCGGCAUUUCGGCGGACGGCACCCCCAUUCCGGCAAGCAGCAGCCUGGUGCCACCGAACAUGUCCAAUGCCCACUACCAGUUCUACCAGGACGCCAUACAGGCGCUCCAAUGCGCCCACCCCUCCUCCGGUUCCACCGUGGAGCACAUGACGAACAUCGAGCGGGCCCUGGCCCGGGACAAGCUGCGCCUGGACGCCAAACUGAUGUGCGAGCAGCUGGCAGCGGCAGCGGAGGCCAAUGCCAACGUCAGCGGACACCGCGGCACCUCGCUUGCAACCCAGCAGCAGACGCAGCAGCAGAUAGGCAUGCUGAUGGGAGGCAGCGCCAACGGACGGCACGGCUCCUCCGGUGCUCCCUUCUCGUUCCAGGGACUGUUCAACGUGAUCCGCAACGAACGGCAGAUGGCGCGCAGUCAUCUCGACGCCCUGCAGCAGCUAAGCGACGCGGCCGCGGCCGUGGCAGCGAGCAACAGCGAGGCAGCUUCCGGAUCAGCCUCCGUAAUGGGAAUGAGCGGAGCUGGCGGUGCCGGAGGAGUGGCUAGCGGCGGCAGCGGAGGAGGAGGAGUGCUGAGCGCCCUGGGACUGGCCAACCAUCCUAGCAACCAAAUCAGCCAGAUAAGCCAGAUCUCACAGCCCAUGCUGAACGUUGAUGGACACUUUGCGCCCUACUGCGAUUACUGGAGGCCGGCCUGCCACCUGUCCGCGGCGGAGAAGCCGGCGGCACCGAAGAGCUUCUACAAGUACCGCUUCAAGUUGUGCGGGCAGGAGCAUGAGUUCAAGAUAGCCAUGGACCGGCUGGAGCUGCUCGCUCUGUUCGACCGCGACCUCCACUGGCUGCACGUGCUCCUGGCCAGCCUUCUGUGCACAAUGGUGGCCUGUCUGGGCGCGGCCAUCCUGCAGCACGACCAUUACAAAGACCUGUGCGCCCUACUCUUCUGCGCGGUUAUUGCCGGGGCCCAGUACUCGCUGGUGAAAAGCGUCCAGCCGGACGCAGCAUCCCCGGUGCACGGAUUCAACAAGACGGUGGCCUAUUCCCGGGCCAUUUACUUCUGCCUGGGCGGAGGCCUGCUGCUCCUGCUGAAGCGCCUGGACACGGACUACGGAGAACGGCCGCCGGACCUGGUGGUCUUCUUUGGCAUGCGCUACUCACCCGCCGACGUGGUGGCCCUCCUGCUGCAGGCGCUCUACAUCCUGCUGCUUUGCUUCCCCAUCAUCUUUUCGGUGGGACUGUGCCCGCAGAUAAACACGUUCCUUAUGUACCUCCUGGAGCAGAUCGAUAUGCACGUCUUUGGCGGAAAUGCGGCCAGCAGUCUAUUGGGUUCCUUUCUGUGCGUGCUGCGCUCGGUGCUGGCUGUGAUGCUGCUGUACGGCCCGCUCUAUGGGGCAUUGGACGAGCAGCGAGGGACGCAGUACAUCCUGUUCUCCAUAUUCUGCGCCAUGCUGGUGCCGCUGGGCUACCACCUGUCACGCUGUGCAAGCGACUUUAGCCACCUGUGGCGUUUGAUCAAGACCUGCAUCGUGAGCACCUAUCGAGACGAUGAGGACGAGGACGACGAUCUGAGCCACGUCCAGCCUGGAGCUGGCAACAGUACCGCGCUUCAGCUGGCUACCAGCACGCCCAAGCAGCGCCGCCACACGGAGCUGAAGGCGCAGACGCAGGAGCAGGAGCAGAUCGAGCUAAGCUCGUUGGAGCAUGGGUUGGCUUCCAACACCGAGGAGCAACCGGAAAGGGAGCCGACGGACGACCAGCUUGAGACCGAACCGGACAUGGCCCUGGGGCAGAAGCACAGCAAGUCGAAGGCAUCGUCCCUGGGCAGCAGUCAGCAGACGCUGGCCAAGACCAUAAGCAGCAGCAAGCGGGCCAUCACCGCCUCCAGUUCGUAUGCCUCCAUAGGCGCUGCAGCUGGAGCGGAAGCGACGACGGAGAUCGAGGAGCAGUCGGCAGACCUUCAGGCCUACGAGAACCAGCAAGCGGCCAAGGCAGACGAAGCAGAGGCGGAAGCGGAGGCGGAGGACAGGAUCUCCAGCUCAUCGGCUACGAAUCCAGGUGAUAUGUCCACACUGACAGCAGGAGCAGGCACCGCAACAACAGAUGCCACGCCCGCCUACCUGGAGGCGGAUCCGGGCGAAAACGAAGACGAUGCGCCUGCCGAUGAUAAGCCUCAGCGGGGGAACAAUAACCCUGGAACGGGCACUGGCACCGGGACCACCGAGGUCAGUGACAACAGCAGCGGCACAGGAGGCACCGGCGGCGGAGGUGGAGGCGGAAAUGGGAACCCGAAUGCCAAUGCAAGCAGCACAAGUGACCUGCCCGAUCCACUGCCGCGAAAGCUGCAGGCCACAGUCACAACGCGGCUGAAGAACGAUCUGGUGGUGAUGACCCUGCUGGCGGUCAGUGUCCUCGGGCUGCACUGCAGCACAGUGUUCACCGCGCUGCAGCCGGACCUCAACGUAGUGCUGUACGCUUUCAUCGGCGUGCUGGGCCUGCUGCUGCACUACGCUGUGCCGCAGAUGCGGAAGCACAUGCCGUGGCUAUGCUUCGCCAGGCCGCUGCUACGGCAGCGUGAGUUUGGCCAGUUCGAGGUGCUCAAUGCGCCACAGAUCAUGUGGUUCGAGAAGCUGUACAUCUACCUGAGCGUGCUCGAGCGCAACGUACUCUUCCCUCUGCUGGCCAUCUCCUCGCUGACAGCGGAUUCGCAGCUGAUCGUGGCCAAGUUCGGUCUGCCCUGGGGCACGCUCAUCGUGGCCAUUUGCGCCCUCAAGUUCGUGAGGAAUGCGUACUCGGACCCAACGAACCAGUACCUAAUCAUUAUCUUCACGGUACUGCUUUUCCGCAUUGACUUCUCCAUGGCCACGGAAACCUUCAUCAUUGACUACUUCUUCGUGUCGCUGGCCUUCCGCAAGUGCUGCGACUUCCUGCUGAAGCUGCAAUUCAUCGUGACGUACAUCGCCCCAUGGCAGAUAACGUGGGGCUCCGCCUUUCAUGCCUUCGCCCAGCCGUUUAGUGUGCCUCACUCGGCCAUGCUGUUCCUGCAGGCGGGCAUCUCCGCCCUGCUGUCCACCCCGCUGAACCCCUUUCUGGGCAGCGCCAUCUUCCUCACCUCGUACGUGCGUCCGAUCAAGUUCUGGGAGCGGGACUACAAUACGCGCCGGAUCGACCACUCCAACACGAGGCUAAGCUCGCAGCUGGAGCGCGACCUGGGAGCGGAUGACAAUAAUCUGAAUAGCAUAUUCUACGAGCACCUCACCCGCUCCCUGCAGCACUCGCUAUGCGGCGACCUGCUCAUGGGUCGAUGGGGCAACGUCAACCAGGGCGACUGCUUCGUGCUCGCCUCCGACGAUCUGAACUGCUUGGUGCACAUCAUCGAGCUGGGCAACGGCCUAUGCACGUUCCAGAUGCGCGGCCUAGAGUUCCGCGGCACCUACUGCCAGCAGCGAGAGGUGGAGGCCAUCACCGAAGAUGUGGAGGACAACGACGGUUGCUGCUGCUGCGAUCCCGGUCACCUGCCGCGCUUGCUCAGUGCCAACGCCAUGUUCUCCACCCGCUGGCUGGCUUGGCAGGUAGUUGCUGCCCAGUACGUGAUCGAGGGCUACUCCAUUUCGGACAACCUCGCCAGCGCCACGCUGCAGGUCUUUGAGUACCGCAAGGUGCUUAUUACCUACUACAUCAAGAGCAUCAUUUACUAUGUGGUGAGAAAUCCGAAGCUAGAGCAGUGGCUGGCCUCAGGGCCCAUCCAGGAUGCGUUGCAGCACACGCUGGCCCGCCAGUUUGUCGACCUGGAUCCCAUCUUUAACUUUAACCUGGACGAGGACUUUGACUUCCGGGCGGUGGGCAUCACGCGCUCUAGUUUCUGCCAUGUGUACCUGAAGUGGAUCAACUACUGCGUUGACAUGCGACGGGAUGCGACAUCAUCAGCUCCUGCGGCCGGAGUCGGAGUAGGAGGUGCAUCGUCCGCCCCACCAACGGCAGCCGCUGCAGCGCCGCCAACGCUUCAGCCGCAGCCUGUCACGCCCGCUCACAAUGAUUCCAAAAGCACACCCAACUUGUCGGCUCACGGUGGAUCUGGCGGACAGACUGGCGCGGGACAGUCCAAGUCCCAGUCGCAGCAACAGCUGCGUCGCCCACCAAAGAGUGUUGCCCAGGAGGGUGGCGGAGGUGUGACGGGCGGAGGUGGUGCCGUUGCCGCGUCCACUGGCGGAGGAGCUGGCAACGUAAGCGGUGGCGGCGGCGGCGGCGGAAACGAUCCGCAGCUAAGCAGCUCGCACAGCUUUGCGAACAUCUCCCGGCAGACAUCGGAGAGUGCUCCGGGCCUGGGUGGUUAUGUCGCCUACAUGGACCAGAAAGUAUUCGUCAAGCUGGCCAAGAGCAGCACGGCCUCGGGAGCAGUGCCCGGCGCGGGAACGGGAAUGCCAGGCAGCCGCAAGGACAGCCAGGAGAAGCCGACACUCCGUUUAAAGCUGGCCAGCGUGGGCAAGGAGGCGCCGCUGGUUUCGCUCUGUCUGGCACUGGGCCUGCUGGCCCGCCGAUCCCUAGCCACGGCAUCGCACAGCUCGCUGACUGGUGUGGAGUACUUCCUGCACGGCCUGCACGCCCUGUUCAAGGGCGACUUCAGGAUAACCUCACCGCGCGACGAGUGGGUCUUCGCCGACAUGGAGCUGCUGCACUCGGUGGUGGCGCCGGCGGUCAAGAUGGCGCUCAAGCUUCAGCAGGACCACAUCACGAACCCGGACGAGUUCCUGGACCCCCACGCCCUCUACGAGGCCAUCGACAACUGCUCCAAGGAGCUGGUCAUUUCGCACGAAGCAGAUCCCGUGUGGCGGAGCGCCGUGCUCCGCGGUGCGCCCAACCUGCUGGCCCUGCGUCACGUGAUGGAGGACGGCUCGGACGAAUACCGCAUCAUCCGGCUGACGAAGCGCUUCCUUAGCUUUCGUGUGAUCAAGCUGAACCGUGAGUGCGUCCGCGGCCUGUGGGCCGGGCAACAGCAGGAGCUAAUCUACCUGCGCAACCGCAACCCGGAGCGUGGCAGCAUCCAGAACGCCAAGCAGGCGCUGCGUAACAUCAUCAACUCUAGCUGCGACCAGCCCAUCGGCUACCCCAUCUACGUGUCGCCCCUGACCACCUCCUACGCGGACACGAACACCCAGCUCUGCCAGGUGAUCGGUGGCGCCAUCACACUGGACACCAUCCGGCAGACGGUGCUGGGUUGGUGGCAUCGCAUCAGGGAACGCUGCCGCCAGGGCUGCAGCUCGGGCUCGGCACUGGAGCCGCAUCCGGGCUCGGGCCCCAUCCAGCUCGGCGCGUGCAACUUUGGCAGCGGUGGAAGCGUUGUGGGAGCUGCCUCUACGGCCACCGGAGUGGGCGCCUCUGCAGGCUCCGGCCUGGGAGUGACUGCACCUGGCACUGCCAGCAGCACGGGUGGCGAAUCGGGCGACUUGGCGCCCGUCUUCAUCUCGGCGCCGCUCUACAACACCCUCACCGUAAACAGCUACUACAGCGUCCGACCGGGCAAUGUGCCAGGCCCGGCCAAUCUGGGCGGCAACUAUGUGAGCGAUAGCCUGGCGGUGGUGCGCGGAGGUCUGGCCGUGAUGCCCGUGAAGCCCACAUCCACCACACUGAUUGCAGGGCUCCUGAACAGGGAGCGUGAUCAGGAGACUUCCUCGGGAUCCGGGCCCAGCGGAGCGGCCAGGGCCACCAGCAGUAGCGGAGUUCGCAGCCGGAGCCAGUUGCAGCAGCAGCAGCUAGGCAGCAGUCGGGGAAGGGACCACGAACGUCGCGCCACGCUGCCCAUUGCCAGCGGAGGAACAGGAGGCGGCGGCGGUGCUGAGUCCGGCAAGGAGCUGGUCACCCCCCAGACGCAGGUGGAGCACGAGACGAGUCCGCGCAGCGCCAAGCUCUCCUCAUCGUACGGCAGCCUUGGCCCCGGAAUGGGCUUAGGCCUGGGCAAUAUAAUCACGACGCCCGGUGACUAUCCACGGAAGACAAAGGGUCCCAUCUGCCUCACCUCCACAACUCUGGGUGGCAGCGGCGGCGACUCGGCCACUUCGGGCUCUGGAGUGACAGCAGGAACGGGAGCAGGUGCUGGCACAGGCACAGGCACAGGACCGGGUCUGGGACUGGGCCUAGGGACGGGCAGCAGCUGGAAGCCGCGCAUCGAAAUCUUCAAGAAGGUCAUCAUUGUGGACGACACGGGGAUUUACGAUUGCCUGGACAUCAUCGAUGCUGUCGUGUGGCCUAGCGAACGGAUGCGCAAUAACGGCGGCCGCCUGUCGUGGAAGGACUGGGAGCCCAGUGCCGGCAUGGUAGGUCAUGUGGUGCACUGCUGGACGCCCAACCACAAGGACAUGCGCUUCCGGUCGCAUGUCAACCGAUGCGUCUACCUGGUGGAGAUCGGCGAGCACUACGUGCCCGUUGAGGAGCUGGGACUUCGGGAGUACAACCAGAUCAUGGGCAGUUCCGAGGAGAUGGCCAACUCGCGGCGCAGCUCCAUCCAACGCGAGUUCCACGAGUACAACAUGCAGCUGAAGCUUGCCGGCCUCACGCCCAUUAUCGGAGGCGGUGGCUCCGUCGCCACAGCGGGCGCAGGAGGCGCUGGAGAUACCAGAGGUCCCUCAAAAUCGCACAAGGCCAAGAUCCGAGCAGUGAGCAGCAGUAGCUCCGAGGACGAAGACGAGGACACGCUGGCCACUCGUGCCAUUCCGUUGCCGUCGCUCGACCUGAUGAACUUCAACAGGCUGGUAAAUAUGUGGAAGGUGAUAGCGGACAACAACAAGCGCAACCUGGACGAGGUGGGCGAGCUGUCGCCAGAGCUGCUCCAAAAGCUGGACGAUGCCGUCGCCGCUUAUCGGCAGGAGGAGGUGUCCGACGAGGAGACGGCGGAAGCCACAGACACUGUCACAGUCACUGUCACUGCCAACGAAGCUGAAGAUGAGGCCAAGCCGGAACUAGAAAAGGACAAGGAGCCGGAUACGGAGACAAAGCCAGAAACUAUGUCGCCAACGGAACCUGUACCCGAGCCUGUAACCGAGCCCAUAACCGAUUCCUUAACAGAAUCUGCACCCGCACUGGAAACCAAAACCCAACCCGCAGAGACCCAAUUGGAAGAGGUGACCGUCUCCAAGCCAGAGAAGCAGCCAGCUCCAACCACACCUCCGCCUAGCCCCGUUCCUGCAGAGCUCGCUUCCAACUCCAGUUCCAAAUCGAGUUGCCCCUCUCUCAGUCAAGAGGAGGAGAAGGAGGAGGAGGACUCUGCCAAGACAGCACCUAAGACGCCCGAAGAAAAUUCCCACGGCGAUGUUACUGACGAAAGCGAGGAAACAGCGACGGGAACGGGGACAACGGUCUAGGCUGACCGUCAUUUGCAUUUGUUUGCCAAGCAAACACACCGACGCCUCGACAAGGACACGGACACGGAAUAUGGGGGCCACGCGGGACACACAACCUUGUAAUACAUAUCAGCAAAGAGCAGACAGCGGAUGGCCACUCCCAUCCCCUGUACCCUGCUUCGGGCUUCCCCACUACAGGACGCACUGUGUGUUCUCGUCCUCCCCCGUCGUGUCCGCGCCCAGUUCCUCCACGCUCCGUGGAGGAGGGAAAAGCAACAAAAAUGCGAAACACUUCCAAGAAAUCAAAGUAAAGUUUAUAAAACGACUGCGUUUAGGGUAUGUAUAUCUAGGGAUAUAAGAACCUACACCUAAAAUAACACUGAAACGAGAAGAGAGUCGAGGAGGGUAGAAGAAGCGAAGCAAAUAAUUCAAUUUGUUAGUCUUAAGCGACAGUUAUAUAGAUCAUACUCAGCAUAUAGAAGGAGCGAGUGUAUAUAUAUAUAUAUAUAUGUAUACAUAUAUCCAAUUUGCAUAAUUGUUGUAACUUUGCGAAUUGUAAAAAAAAAGGGGAAACCCCCGAACCGAAACUCAAAGCUUCUUUCAAGCAUUACCUACUUCGUUCUUGUUCUUCGUUCUUCGGUCUCUUUCUCCUCUUGCUAGCCAAUAUAUACAUAUAUAUACAUAAAUAGUACGAAAACAUUAAGCGAACCUAAAACCUAUAUACAAAGAAUUUAUAUAUAUAUAUAUAUAUGUAUAUUGUAACAGUUAGUUAUAUAGCUUAGACCCUAAAGUUAAAGGUUAAUGUUAACGACUACGCCACACACGACACCCACAGAGACACAAAGAAUACCAAAAUUGAUGAUUGUUAAAGCGUAGAGAUCCAAGGACACAAGCGAUUUAAGGGGCGAACUUCGGAUGUAGGAUGCAGUUACAAAAAAAGAAACUAUAAGAUAUUACACACGAUUCCUAGGUGUAAGCGGUCAUGAUGGGGGGGGGAGGGGGAUUAGCGA